GAAAUGAAAAAAAUGAAAACGGUUUAGUUAGAGUGAGUGGCGGCGUUCUAGUGAGUUACAAUUGGAGUGAAAUUUUGUUAAAUUUUCAUGUCCCGUUUGAUUGUUUCAUGGGCAACAUUAUACGGCAACAUGGGCAGUGCAACCAUCCCAGAAGCGUUCGACCAUUUUCACAACAAAUGCGCGCGCAAUGAGAAGUGAAGAAAUUUGAAUUCAAAACUUGAAAGCAAUAGCGCGCCUAAGUUCGUAAGCAGCAAGAAAAAAAUUGGAUCUGGAAAAGUUACACAAAAAUCAAACGAAAGCACAGACCAUGGCUCCUCGUAGCGACGUUUGGAAGCAUUUUAUAAAAAAUCUUUCGACAAAUUAUUCUCAAUGUAAGCACUGCGGAAGCAUGGUGAAAACAUCAGGGAAUACCCAGAAUUUGUGGAAACAUUUGGACAGGCAUCAUCCACUUAUCAGUGUUACUCUGCAAAAACUUCCACCUAAAACUACACCUAAAAAUGCAGCAGCCGAUGUGGAGGAGAAUUCAGCUUUAGGCGACGAGAAGACUGGUAUCGUAGAGCUACCCAACAGCAAACCUUCGCAAGUGGCGCGCGCGAUUACCAUCAGUGAAUCGUUUACUAGAGUAUCUUCAUUUGGAGGUAAAUCCCGUUUCAAUUGCUUCUAUUUUUCUCUAGUCAAUUUUAAAAUAAUCAUUCAAGCAAACGGUUCUUCAACUAUACAACUGCACGAAGCGUUGAUGUAUAUGGUGGCCAAGGAUAACCUCCCACUGCGGACGGUCGAACGAAGUGGAUUUCUACGGUUCUGUAAAUCAGCAGUUCCAUUGUAUAAGUUACCAAGCCGUCGAACUCUAACUAGAAUGCUCAACAACAAAUUCGAAGUUCAAAAAGAUGCUGUAAGGGAACAUCUAAGCGCAGUAGACAAUUACAGUUUAACUGCCGAUGUCUGGACGGACUCAUGCAAUAAUGUUAGCUUUCUUGGCAUGACAGUGCAUUAUUUGAACGGGAACGUCAUGCAGUCAAUUGCACUUGUUGCUCGGCCACUAGAAGGAUCACACACAAAAGAGCAUCUUGCUGCAGAAAUCCAUUCGUUGUGUACAGAAUGGUGGAUUGAUGUUUUGAAGAUAAGCGUGUUUGUAACUGAUGGAGGUGCAAAUAUUGUUGCAGCAGCAAAAGCCGUUGUUGGAGAAAAACGACAUUUUGUCUGUGUCGAUCACACUCUCAGUCGAAUGACUACAGUGGCAAUUGAGAAUUCUCCACUUUUCGACGAGCUGCUCAAAAGGAUUCGCGGCAUAGUGACGUACUUCAAACGCUCAGUGAAUGCAGCAGAUGCGCUCCGAUCAAUCCAGAGGAAAAAUGGCAAAUCCGAAGGCGAGAUACUGAAAUUGAAAAAAGAUGAACCCACCAGAUGGGGAAGUAACUUUCAAAUGUUGGAAAGAUUUAUCCUGCUUGCCGAGGAUGUAGGUGUAGUGCUUUUACGUCACGAUAAUGUUCGCAUGCUCUCAGGAUCCGAGCUUUCUUCAGUCAAGGAAGGAUGUGAUCUUCUCCAUCCAAUAGCACAUGCCAUAACAGAGCUCGAGGCGGAGAAAACUUCUAUCGCAGGAAAAGUAAUCCCGAUACUAAACAUGAUGAGAAAGGUAAUAGACUGUAAGAACCCGACCACGGACGCAGCUAUUCAACUAAAAAAGAACAUCGUGGCUCAGUUCGAUAAAAGAUUUGAGUUCAUCGAAUUAGUCGAUAAUCUUGCAAUAGCAACGUUAUUAGAUCCGCGCUUCAAGGCUAUGUAUUUCAAGCCGCUGUCUCAUUCGAGGGUACUGAAAGUUGUAUCCGACAAAGUAGAUACUUUUUCGAAAAAUUCGGAACGGCCAGCAGCUGUGGUUCCGCAGAAUGGUACAUCACACAACAGUCAGAACGUUUUAUGGGAUCUUCACGAAAAACUAGUAAUUCUAAUAACGAUUUAA